AUGAUGGACAACGAGACCUCGACGCAAGCCAUGGAGCGCAAAGAGAAGCCUCUGAAUGAGCUUCUAACCGAAUCUAUGGUGAACAUCUAUGUUGGAUCCGAAAACACACAUUGGUACAUCCACGAACGGCUCCUAUGCUAUUACUCUCCAUUCUUCUCCGAAAUAUUCUAUGCCGACGACAAAAAUCCGGAAAAGCGCAAAGCGCAAAGAACCAAAGCAUACGGCCUUCAAGAUGAGGACGACCUAGCCUUCGAAAUGUUGGUCGGUUGGCUUUACUCGCGAAGCAUCAGAGUACCUAAAGAGGAGAAAGAUGUUGGCCCCUUACUCGACCUGUAUCUUCUCGCGGACAAGCUGCGCAUUGGGAAACUAAACACAGAACUGGUAGAAGCUGUUUCGGAUUUCUAUUAUCAAUCUCGCACUUACCCAUCCCUGCGCAGAGUCCAGCAUAUCUAUGCCAAUACCGAUGACGACAACGAGAUGCGUGAGAUGAUGGUCGGCGCCGUUGCCAAACUUCUUACAACUAGCGACAAGAUCCCUGCACACUGGGCCGCAGCACUUCAAAGAAAUGGACAACUUGCUGUUGACAUCAUUCGAUCCAUUCAGCAGUGGAGACUCGAGGAGAAGACCAUUCCAGAUGCCAGAGAUCGCAGCUCAAGCCGUGGCAGAAGUGCUAAGAAUGGUUUCAGUGCGGUUGAGCGUGGCGGAACAGAUAGCAUGGAAACUGAGAAGACUGGUGGAAGCAAUAUGGGAGUCGAGAGCCUCAACUCAGACCAUGACCAAGAUCACUCGAUGAACGACAGUCAGUUAAAAAGCGAGGACAGCGAAGCGCAUGCGAGCUUCACGACCCCACCGCCGAACUACUCGACAGUCAGUUCGCCCGCCCCAACGAUAUCGUCCUCGAGGCAUACGACCCCGAAAAUCGAGAAGCGGUCGCCCGAAAGCAAUGGUGCUAAAGAGGAGAUGCGGUAUCGAUACGAACCGCAAAGGCCACCAGAUGAUCACUCGAAGAUAUCCUCACCAAUUCUAACGAGUCCACCCACGUCAGGCAAGAUACGUAGUCGAAGACUCUCGGUCACGUUCGCCGACGAAGUACAUUACAACCUACCCGUACAGGACGAGGAGGAUAUAUCAGUUGCAAAUGGAAAGGUUCACAGUACAUACACAUUCUUUCCAUCGCCUCUCGCGGCCUCUGCAAGACCUGACUUUGCGACGGCACCAGCAGUGGACGGUUUAGGAAUCCACUCGUCACCUCUCGUGGCGGCCUCAGGACCAGCAAAGUGUGACGACGAGGUUGCCAGGCCGAUUUUGUUGGCAUCAGAUGCAGACAAGCAGGAGAAUAAAGGGGCCAUGAAACCAGAAACUUUUAUGCUAGCAGUCUUGUGGAUGUUGUAUCUCGGUUGGAGGGCCACAAUUUGA